AUGUUAGGUGUGAUUGAAACAAAAAGGGAGGUGAUCUCUAAGUUUGAUGUUGCUCGAAUUUGGGGAUACAGUACUAUUGGGUGGGAGUAUGUGGAGUCCAGAGGGGCUUUGGGGGGCUUGCUCUUAAUGUGGGAUGAUGCGAUAUUUAAAUCUAGCAAUUGUUAUAAAGGGGAGAGAUGGCUUUGCGUUGAAGGUGUGUUGACGAAAAGUAAUUUUAAUUGUGCGUUUUAUUUGGUGUACGGGGCAUUAGGGAGGGAGGAUAAGCGAGUGGUAUGGGAGGAGUUGAGUUAUAUUGUGGGUUUAUGUCAGGUCCACUUCUGCUUGUUUGGGGAUUUUAAUGAGAUAUUGCAGAUCGAAGAACGCAAAGGGGCAAUUAAUCUACUUGCGUCAGCAGAAGAGUUUAGGGAUUGGGUACAUGAUAUGCAGUUGGUGGACUUACCUCUUAAUGACCGAAAGUUCACGUGGUUUAGGGGUCGUUCUUGUAGUAGAAUUGAUAGGGUUCUGGUCAAUAUUGAGUGGUUUGAGAAAUUUCCUAACAUCCGAAUUAAAGGUGGACCAAGAGGGUUGUCAGAUCACUGGCCGUUGAUUGUGAAAGUGUUAAGAGUUAGCAGGGGCCUCCGACUGUUCAGAAGUCUGGAUUCCUGGUUUACGCAUGAGGGAUUUCUGAGGAUGGUUAAAAAUGAAUGGAGAAAUUUGAGGGAUGCUCAAUUUACUUGUAAGCUGAAGGCCUUGAUGGUACUGUUGCAGAAAUGGCACAAGGAUAGCUUUGGUGACAUGGAUAGGAGACUACUGUUGCUGGAAGAGGAGAUUAAUAGGGUUGAUAACUAG